GCCAGCCCGCCGAGCUCUGCAGAAAGGCGAGCCAGCGGCGUCACGCAGCUCAGCCGCGGUCCGAGCGGUAAGUCCCGUGCCCGGUCAGAACGGCCGAAGACCCCCCGGCCCCCCCCAGCAGCGAGAAGGAGGGAAGGAGACUGAGCUGACCCAGCCGUGGUCGCUUGCAAAGAGUCGGCUGUCAGCGAUGUUGCAGUGCAGACAUACUCAGGAAUUCAGCUUUGGGCCCCGGGCAUUGAAGGAUGCUCUGAUUUCCACCAAUCCUGCCUUGCAGGAGCUCUACGCCAAAGCUUUCUCUAGCACUGAAAAACUUUUCCUGUCCGAAGCCUACAACCCACGCCGGACCCUUUUCUGCAGCUUGUUCAUCAGGACGGCUUUUGAUUGGCUGCUCAGCCACCCCGAUGCCCCGGAGGAUUUUGAGACCUUCUACUACACAUUGCUAAAGAAAAAGCAACGGUUUUGCCGCAAGCACAUCUACCUGCAACCCAUAGACCUAAGCGAAGGGCCCGUGGGAAUCUCUCUCCUGGAUUCCCUCCGGAGCUGCGUGGAGUCUUUCUUUCUGGGUCUCCGAGUCAAGUGCCUCCCUUCCGUCUCCAUCUCUUCCAUCCACUGCUGUUACCGUCACAAUCAGGAUUCGGACAGGAUGCAGCUUCACACAGAUGGCAUCUUGACCUUUCUGAAGAACAACAAGCCGAUGGACGCUCUCUGUGUCCUGGGCCUCACCCUCGCUGACCUCUACCCGUGCGAGACGUGGAGUUUCACCUUUGGCAAGUUCUUGCCAGGCCAAGAAGUGGGCGUCUGCAGCUUUGCCAGAUUUUCCAGCGAUUUCCCGCAGGUGACUUGCCCGGCUUUCAAUCCAUCUCCACGCCGACAGGAAGCUCGUGACGAAGAAGAAGUGGAACUAGCCAAGAAGCAGACCUUGUUGUUCAACAUGUUGGAAAUGCUUCAGUGUUGCAAGAUCACGUGUCACGAGAUCUGUCAUCUGAUCGGCUUGGGGAACUGCCGUUGGCUUCAGUGCAUCAUGCAAGGGGCCCUCAGCUUGGACGAGAUCCUGCUGCGGCCGCUGGAACCGUGCCCGAUAUGUCUCCGGAAGCUGCAGUACGUGGUGGGCUUCAAGCUCAUUGAGCGCUACAGGAAACUCUACGCCUGGAUGCAGACGAUUUCAUCCACCUGGCUCAGCCAAGACUCGACGGAUCUCUCUGUAUCGGAGGACAUUUGGCCACCCAGUGCAGACUCGGGGAUGGGUGGUGAGAACGAUUCUGAGGCCAUCACCUCCCUCUCGGAGCCCUUGACCCCAGACACAUGUAGCCAAGCCGCGUCCACCUUGCAGGAUCUCGACCUGGAUGAGCAGUCGACAUCUUUGGCCGGCAUCCCAGACCAAGAACAGCUGGGCAGGGGCACCCCCAAACCCUUAGACAUGAUCAAGGAAUACAAACGGUGGCUCGAGAUGUGCAUCGCGGCUCUCGAAAAGGAUGUGUCGGAAGACGAAAUCCAACAACUGGACAAGACUGUGGAUGCCCUGGCCCGAUGGGAGAUGUUCACGGGCCAGCUGCCCCACAGGCGGAAAGAUUUCCAUUUCCCCAACGACAGCCCUGGGCUGAGGAAAGUUCUCGGAGACAAAUUCUCCUCCUUAAGAAGGAAACUGAACUCCAGAAAACUGGCCAGAGGGGAAUCUUCUCCUCACCACUGGAGGUGGGAGGAGAGUUAGCUUCUCGAGACAUUUUGCAACCUGUUUUUCGUUUGUUUUUUUUUAAAAAAAAAACCAGCGAUGAAUUCCUCUGUGGGUUUGGUGAAGUCUCGUUUCUUGGAUGACGCCUCGUCUUUUCAACUGCACAUUCUUAUUGUUUCCUCGGAUGAAAAAGAAUUUCCCAAGCGCAAUAAAAUACAUCUGUUCUUA